UUUUUAUUUAAAUCAAACAAACUAUUCCCAAAUUUUAACCAACCAUCAACUGAGUUUAUUGACUGGAAAUCCUAGUGGUAUUGAUGAAAUAUUUUUAGCUCUUUUACCGGGUGUAUAUUUUGGAUACUAAACAUUAUAUAAUAUAAUAUAAUGUACGAAUCAAACGAAAAGGACCAAGAUGAUGAAUCUGACCACUUUAAGACAACUUUUAAGUUUUAUAAAGCUAAAAAACCUAUGCCAGAUUUGUCAGAUGUUCUCGAUUUUGAAACAGAAGCAGAAAAUCCAGAUGGAAGAAUUUCCAAAUUCGUUCUUCAGAUUCCCAACAAAGACAUGGUACAAAUUGAUGGAUUUAAGCCUGUAGAAGAAUGGAAAGCUUAUUCCAUUAAAAACAACCCCGGAUUCAUUUUUAUUGUUAAUCCAUUUAAAGAUGGUUAUCAAAAAUAUUGGGUUCAUCGAUGCUUGAGCGAUUAUCCAGAAGCAAGAAAUAAAGCAAAUCUUGAUAUUCAACUUGAUGCUGACAGAAGAUCAAAAUUAUGGGAAAACUUUGUGAAUACUGAUCCAGAAACUCUUGGUAAAAAUGAUGAAAUAAUGGGAUUAAGAUGGACGACAUUAGGUUACCAUUAUGUGUGGAAUAAUAAGGAAUAUCAUAAAGAAAGACGAACACCCAUGCCUGAAGAUCUUGAAAUAUUAUCUAAAUAUGUUUCCCAAACUAUCAAUUACCCACAAUACUGUCCUGAAGCCGGCAUCGUAAAUUAUUAUCAUCUGGAUUCUACUCUUGGUGGGCACACAGAUCAUGCAGAAUUUGAACAAGGAGCACCUUUAAUUUCUUUUAGCUUUGGGCAAGAAGCUAUUUUUCUGCUUGGAGGCUUAACGAAAGAAGUAAAACCUACACCCAUGUUUCUUAAGAGUGGUGAUAUAUGUGUUAUGUGGAAAGAAUGUAGACUUGCUUAUCACGGGAUUCCCAAAAUAUUAGCACCCAAAUUCGAUGGUUAUCCGUUGUCUCUGAAUUCUGAUGUUCAAGAAACGGCUGAUAAUAUUAAAAUACAAAAGGAAAGUAAUAUUGAUGAAACAGAGAAAAAAAUAAUUUCCAUCAAUGAACAUAUGGCUGAUGUUCUUAAAAAAAUAAAAUGGAAGCCCUACAAAUUGUACAUGAGUUACUCCAGAAUAAAUCUAAAUACAAGACAGGUUGUUUCUGAAGACAAAACCUUUUCAUAACUAUUAUACCUCUAAAUUUUAAUUUUAAAUAGCAUGGCACGCUUCAUGUUUUAAAUGGAAUAAAGCUGUGACCAAUGUGUGAUAUGUUUAAAUGGAAAA